AUGUUAAAAGAUUCAGACAUUUAUAACAAUAUAAAUAAUGAUGAUUUGUUACAAGUAGAUGAAGCAGAAGAAGUUAAAACAAAUAACAAUAUAUUAGCAUUAGCAAUUUCUAAACUAUUAAUACAGUUUGGUAGUUCACAUCAUAUAGAAGUUAUUGUAUAUGAAAUAUUUCUAAAGUUAUUCUUUUAA